CUCACCGGCCACCAACACCAUCUUUGUUUGAGUGCCCAAAGCAAAUUGGAAUCGAGGUAGCUGCGAUAUUCUAGGCACUGGGUGUGGAGUCGAAGGGCGGCCAAAAACCCUCUUUUCCCCUGUUCAUCUUCAUCGUCCUUUCGUCCUCAUUUCUCAGGGUCGGACACGCACAAUGGUGCCGCUCGCCGGAGCCGCCUGCAGCAUCCUGUUCGUCCUGAUCAUCCCGUGGGCCCAGAGCCAGGGGCAACCACCCGAGGCGUCGGAGGAGGCUUGGGCUAAGGGGCAACCACCCGAGGCGUCCGAGGAGGCUCUUGCGAUGCUCUUGUCCGAGGGCGGGUGCGGCGCCUUCGCCAGCCUCGUCGCCACGAAAGCCGGCGUGGGCGAGGCGUUCCGCAAGCAGAUCGGCAGCGACAUGGGGCUGACGAUCUUCUGCCCGGACGACCAGGCGGUGGGGAGGUUCAUUCCCAAUUUCAACAGUCUCAGCGCUGACUGGCAGGUCGCGGUUCUUCUGUACCAUGGGCUGACGAUGGCUUACUCCGAGGAGCUGCUCAGCUUGGUCGAGAGGGAGGAGUUGACGCUUGACAGGCAGCAGAUGCUCACCAUUCGUCACCACAGGAGCAGGGUGAUAGUUUCUUCGUCACCGCCGUCGUCACGGAACGAGGCCAGGGUCACCAAGACGGUCGUCGACGACGACCAUCUCGCCGUCUACCUCAUCAACGCCGUGCUGAUUCCGACCGAGCCGAAGCCUGGCUUCUCGUUCUGGGUCAUUUUCGGAAUUGUCGUCCUCCUUCUGGUGGUUGGUGUCAUCGGGCUCGCGGCGUUAGUCUUUCUGUGCUGUGCAUUUGUAUAUCUUUGUUUUCUUGUGUGCCGGCUGACAAGAUGGUGUAAGGGCAGCGCUGCUGCCUAUGCUACAGCCGCCCGUGUCAGUCCACAAGGCCAAGGGCAACAAGAACAUUAGUUUUUGACCGCUCCAGAACCAGAAGUCCAGAGUGCCUCGCCUCACCUUCCCGGGUCAUUCCCUCGUACUUCUAUUUCGGGUGCCAGAUUUGACGGUUGUUUUCUCCAUCUUCGAUGUAUAUGGUGGGAUCAUGCAUGUUUAAUCAUAAUUUUGUUGUUGUAUUUCACUUAGAGAGAAAUUAUAACUGGCUAACUCGUUGAGUCGGGAGCCCUAAGUGACCUAUGUUCAAAGAAUAAAGACUCUUACACUUUUUUAGCAGAAACGAAAGAGAUCCCGGGUUCU